AUGUAAAUUAAUGGCCGUUUAACUUCAGGUGAUAAAUACCCUGAAGUCAAUAUUGAAUAGGAAGCGGCUGAAAUGGCAUCUAGAAUUAUGGAGAGAGUUCGUUAAAAAUCAAAUGCCAAAUCUACUUAAAGACUUUCAGUAAAACCAGAAAAUUUUAGAUCAAGUGAUUAUAAACCUAGACCAUCUGUAAUUUAAUCAGUUAGAGAAGGAACCAUAUCUAUUACUGAUCGUAAUGAACUCAAAUUUGAACCAAAUUUCAAUCAAAUUAAUCCACUUAAGAAUUGUUUUAAAUCAAACAAUAAUUAAAUUGAAACUAUGAAAACACCUUAAAGAUCAUAAUUUAAAUCAGCAUCUACAGGUAUGUAAGACAUCUAUCAAAAAACUAUUAAAUUAAAUAAUAACAAUUAUUAUGUUCCUGAACAUUAAUCGUAAUCUACUACCGAUAAACCUGAUAGUACUAAAUUAAUUAAACUAACGUAUAUAAUCUUAUAAAUUAUUAUAGUGAUAGUGUAAAUAGCUUAGUCAAUAAGAAAUCUGAUCUUUUAUCAAAACAUAAAAGAAUAGAAAGUAGUACAUAAUUUAAAUUGAUUUUGAAUGCAUAACCUCAUCAAUUAUAAACUCCUGUUAAGUCUAAUAAAGAAGACAUAGUUUCAUAAUUAUUAGGUAGUUUACGAAACCAAAAGAAAUACUCAGAUUAUAAAAAUUCAGCUUAAAAAUGA